AACAUAACGGAGUCUGGCCGACUCCGUAUCCCGACAAGCUUCACGGGAGGUGUGCGUGUGAACGCACAGGGCACGUAUUUCCAGGGAAACGUAUUUCCGCCCUCUAUUGCCUGUGGUCUCCGCAAGAAGCGGACUCAGUUUCCCGGGUGGCACUGCGGCACCGGUUCUUAAAUCUCGUUCUCCGCCUACCAGAGUUUGAACUCUUGAGCGGCACUUGUCAGUGACUCUGUGGUGAUAGUGUCCUUGAUUUGUGAAGGUCUCAACCAAAAUUCGGUUCAUUCUACCUUCUCUUGUAUCUGUAUUGUUCUGUUGUUUUUUUCCCCCCUACUUUCCAAAGUACUCUGUUCUGUAGUUCUAGAUUCUCAGUAUUGCCAUCGUACUGUAUCUGUAGCCCUAGUAUAUCUCCACUUUCCUCAUUUCCAUCUAACUCUGUGGCUUGUCCUGGGCUGUCCCGCGGGUAUCUCGGUGUGAGAGAGCAAGAACAGGAAACGUCAGGGACGCAAUUUCAAGUGCUCCAGGAUGAGCAGGAGCCCUAGCUGGUCUGAUCAGGUUCAUGCGGUGCUCAGUUCAACUGAUGAAAAUAUGGCCCGGAUUAAGCAGAGUUUGUAUCCCCUCCGAGUUUCCUCUACAGGUAAGUAUUGUCCCUUUCUCUUCUCAGAGCCUCCUUUCUUUGAGCGCCUGCCUGUACCACUCACAUUUCUGUACAAAUUCCAGCUACUUUCCUUCUGAAGCCCUGAUUUCCCACACAGACAGACCCUGCUCUUGUCCCUUCCCUAUUCCCUCAAUAGGGAACCUGGCUGACAGCUGGAUUUCCCCUCAUCACUUACCUCCUCAGCCAGGGGCCCAAGCUCAACAGCCUUGGGCUCUAAAAUCUCCCAUUGGAGAGAGACUGAGCUGUACUGAAGCCCACAGCUCCUCUCUCUGGGAUGAAGUUACAAAACUCCGAUCACAGCUUCAGGCUCAGGCUCAGGUGACUGAGGCGCUAAGGCAUUCUGUGCAGAGCCUCUUGAAGGAUCGGGAGCAACAGAUAUUCAAGAUCAGUACUCUAGAAGCAUCACUAAAACUGCUGCAGGGGAGCCCAAAAGGGAGAGCCCUUCUGGAGCAACGCCUGGAAGGGUUGAGAAAAGAACUGCAGGGCCUUCGGAGUCAGGUUCAAGAGUUAGUCCAAACCCAAAUGAAAACAAGACCAGGAAAGUUCGGUACUACCAGUGGCUUUCACCAAGAGCUUCACAAUGAUAGGCACCAACUUUUGUGGGAAGAGUCAGAGAUUCUUCGGGAGGAACUGAAGUUGCUUCGAGACCAGCUGAGCCAACAUCAGGAGCUGUUGCUGGAACAGAUAGCCGAGGGGCGCCAGGUUCAGGCCCGCAGCUGGAAGACGUUAGAACACCUACAGAGUGACCAGAUGGGCAAGGUUCAUACCUUGGAUGUUACCAGGACAGAGGCCCAUGGUGCCCAACAAGAAGAGCCUCACCUCCUCAGGAACUCUGUUCAUGCCCAGCAAUCUAAGCUGCCUUUGGCCACCAUCUUUGCCAUGUCUCUUUCUUCAUCCAGUUCUGAAGUCAGUCUCCCCGACUGUGGCCGUAGCUGGGAACUUUUAAAGAAACUGGAUAGGGAACUCCAGAACAACUCCCUUUCUAACCUGGAAUCCGUCAGCUCUCAGUUCCAUGCCCGGAGUCUUAGGCAAGAGGACCUGUUCCUUCAGGGCCCCGAGAUCUUCCAGAGUGACCUGUAAGAACUUGUGAGAAAAAUGAGGUGCAGCUCCUAUCCCAGGCAGCCUUCUCAUCCUCUCUGGUAGAUGUCCUCUUUACAGAGGCAUCUCAAUGUAGAGCCAGUCCUGCUCCCCAGCUAAUUCAAAAUAAAGUGGCUUCAUUCUC